GGUUGCCGACCCCUGGGCUAAACAUAAAAAACGAAAUAUAUAUAUAAAACCGAUAGUAUGCAGACGUGUGUUAUGACGGUGUACUAUAACCUCUGGAGACAUAACAUCGCAGUAGAAGUUACGCUGGAGUUACGUAACGAAGUGUAUUUUUUGCUUAAAACCACGAAACUACGCUUGCCCAUACCAGCCAUUGUAAAGCAGACAAGUCGUCAGUAACGUCUAUAAAUCUAUAAAAUAUCCUUUAUCGCAUAUAGAACCUACGUGGUCCAAUGGACAAUAUGCAACAAAAGUGAAAUCAUAAACAUAAACGUAAAAAAAAUUGUGUCAAAAGUCAAUAGAAUAGGUUAUAUAGGUGUUCUAAAUGUGGUUCUGAUUAUGUAUAUAUAAUUGGUAGGGGGGAAAAGCCCCUGGUCUUGUGCUGGAAGAAAAGCUGGGACACAAAGAGAUUCUUGUUCCAUGCCGGUCUGAUUGGUUGAGAACCUGCUUUCACAAGAUCCCGGUGUGGGAAGGGAACCCCAUGUAUAAAUACCCCUCAAAACAACCGCCAGGCACCGUGUGAUUCUUUUCAGACCUGCGAGGAACUGCGUGUUUAUUAUACAGGAAAAUGGUCAGCCGAGUUGAACACCCUGCCGGUGGUUACAAGAAAAUCUUUGCGACGUGCGAGGAACUGGCAGAGCCUAUUCCAGCUCAGAUCACUGGCAGAAUUCCUUCAUGGCUGAGGGGAAGCCUUCUCCGUCUGGGACCAGGGCUGUUUGAGGUGGGGGAUGAGCCCUUCUACCACCUCUUUGAUGGCCAGGCACUCAUGCACAAAUUUGACUUGAAAAAUGGGCAGGUCACCUACUACCGAAAAUUUGUGAAGACGGAUGCCUAUGUUCGUGCCAUGACGGAGAAGAGAGUUGUGAUCACUGAGUUUGGCACUGCGGCCUACCCAGAUCCUUGCAAAAACAUUUUCUCUAGGUUUUUCACCUAUUUCCAGGGUAUUGAAGUGACAGACAACUGCCUUGUCAAUGUGUACCCAAUUGGAGAGGAUUACUAUGCCGUCACAGAAACCAACUACAUCACAAAAGUUGACCCAGAGAACCUGGAGACUUUGAAAAAGGUGGACCUGUGCAACUACCUCACCAUCAAUGGUGUGACAGCUCACCCCCACAUUGAAAAUGAUGGCACAGUGUACAACAUUGGAAACUGUUUUGGAAAGAACUUUACACUGGCCUAUAACAUUGUCAAAACUCCACCCACACAACCAGACAAAUCAGACCCCAUUGAGAAGUCUAAAGUGCUGGUGCAGAUCCCCAGCAGUGAGAGAUUCAAGCCCUCCUAUGUCCACAGCUUUGGCAUCACAGAGAACUACUUCAUCUUUGUUGAGACUCCUGUAAAGAUCAACUUGCUGAAAUUCUUGAGUGCAUGGAGCAUCCGUGGAAGCAACUACAUGGACUGCUUUGAGUCCAAUGAAACCAUGGGUACAUGGUUUCAUUUGGCCACAAGGAACCCUGCACAAUAUGAAAACCACAAAUUCAGGGCUGCGGCCAUCAAUCUCUUCCAUCACAUCAACUGCUACGAGGAUCAAGGCUUCAUUGUUGUCGACUUGUGUGCCUGGAAAGGUUUUGAGUUUGUGUACAACUACCUGUACCUGGCCAACUUGCGUGAGAACUGGGACGAGGUGAAGAAAGCAGCCAUGAUGGCCCCUCAGCCCGAGGUGCGCCGGUAUGUCCUUCCCAUGGAUGUGCACAGGGAGGAGCAGGGAAAAAACCUGAUCGCCCUGCCCUACACCACAGCCACUGCUGUCAUGCGCAGUGAUGGUACCAUCUGGCUGGAACCGGAGGUUCUCUUCUCUGGGCCUCGCCAGGCUUUUGAGUUCCCGCAGAUCAACUACUCCAAAUUCUCUGGAAAGAACUAUACUUAUGCCUAUGGACUUGGCCUCAACCACUUCAUCCCCGACAGGAUUUGCAAGCUCAAUGUGAAAACCAAGGAAACCUGGGUGUGGCAGGAACCGGACUCCUACCCCUCUGAGCCGCUGUUCGUUCAGACUCCUGGUGCUGAAGGUGAAGAUGACGGGGUCCUGCUGACCGUCGUGGUCAACCCCGGGGCUGGCCAGAGGCCGGCCUACCUCCUGAUUCUGAAUGCCAAGGACCUGACAGAGAUUGCCCGAGCAGAGGUGGAGGCUAUCAUCCCUGUGACCUUCCACGGGAUGUACAAGCCUUAAACUGAAUCUGGUAGCAGAGCCCACAGCCACUCCACAGCAACAAUAGACCCUGCUGUAAGACUACUUUGCAAGAAUUCAGAUACAGUCUAAGAGAUGCUGUAUGCCGACAUGAAGCACUAAGAAACGUCUUAAUCGUGUUAUAAACUUCCUUCCUUGUGAUGCAGAGAAAUGUACGCCUGUUCAGCUGAUCAUAAUCUUAUUAACCUGACUUCCUCAGUUGCAUCUGAUAUUGGUUGAGCAGGAAGAAAAUGAUAAUCAUGAUGAUGUCCAAUGUACCCCAGCCUCAUGGCGGCCCUUUUUUCUUUCAUUGCCCUCUUGGUGUAAACUGUCAGAGGAAUAUGACACUCUUGACACACAACAUGCACUGUAUACCAUUCAAAGGUGGUACAGUUCUUGUGAGAUGCAAGCUAUGGACAAUGACCUGCCCAAAGGAUAUGCAGAGCCUCAAAUAAAUACUUUAUGAUUCAAACAAGAAA